AGCCCGGGGGGAGCAGCGGCGCCGGGGGAGCCCCGGCAGCGGCCGCCGCCAUGAAGAAGCAGUUCAACCGCAUGAAGCAGCUCGCCAACCAGACCGUGGGCAGGGCUGAGAAAACAGAGGUACUCAGUGAAGACCUCUUGCAGAUCGAGAGGCGCCUGGACGCCGUGAGGUCCGUGUGCCACCUGGCCCAGAAGCGCCUGAUCGCGUGUCUGCAGGGCCAGCAUGGCACAGACCCCGACAAGAGACACAAAAAACUUCCUCUAACAGCUCUAGCUCAAAAUAUGCAAGAAGGAUCAGUCCAACUGAGUGAUGAAACUCUGCUGGGGAAAAUGCUGGAUACCUGUGGGGAUGCAGAGAAUAAACUGGCAAUGGAGCUCUCUCAGCAUGAAGUACAGAUUGAGAGAGAAGUUCUAGAUCCACUGUGCCUGUUAACAGAGACAGAGAUCCCGAACAUUCAGAAGCAGAGGAAGCAGCUUGCAAAGCUGGUGCUGGACUGGGAUUCUGCAAGGGGAAGAUACAACCAAGCCCACAAGACUUCAGGAACAAAUUUCCAAGUACAUCCUUCGAAAAUAGAAUCUCUUAAGGAAGAGAUGGAUGAAGCUGGAAAUAAAGUGGAGCAGUGCAAGGAUCAGCUUGCAGCAGACAUGUAUAGCUUUGUGUCCAAAGAAGGGGAAUAUGCUCGAUGUUUUGUUAUGUUAUUAGAAGCACAAGCAGAUUACCAUAGAAAAGCAUUAGCAGUCAUAGAAAAGGUCCUUCCCGAAAUUCAAGCCCAUCAAGACAAAUGGACUGAAAAACCAGCUUUUGGAACUCCAUUAGAAGAGCAUCUCAAGCGCAGCGGGCGGGAAAUCGCAGUCCCUAUUGAAGCCUGUGUGAUGAUGCUUCUGGAAACGGGGAUGAGAGAGGAGGGCUUAUUCAGAAUUGCUGCUGGAGCCUCCAAGUUAAAAAAGCUGAAAGCUGCCCUGGACUGUUCAACUUCCCAGCUGGACGAGUUCUACUCCGACCCCCACGCUGUUGCAGGUGCCUUGAAAUCCUAUUUGCGGGAGCUGCCAGAACCUCUGAUGACCUACAGCUUGUACGAGGAAUGGACACAGGCUGCAAGUAUUCAGGACCAGGAUAAGAAGCUCCAAGAGUUAUGGAGAAUUUGUAACAGGUUACCUGAGCAUUAUCGUGUUAACUUCAGGUAUUUAAUCAAAUUUUUAGCCAAGCUUGCACAGAACAGCGACGUUAACAAAAUGACUCCCAGCAACAUCGCCAUAGUCCUGGGCCCCAACUUGUUAUGGGCAAAGAAUGAAGGAUCCCUUGCUGAAAUGGCAGCAGCAACUUCAGUCCAUGUGGUAGCAGUUAUUGAGCCAAUUAUUCAGCAUGCAGACUGGUUCUUCCCUGGAGAUGAAGAUUUCAAUGUGUCUGGGGCAUUUGUGGCAGUUCCUGCUGUUAAUUCCAAUCACUUGUCACACACUGGGAAUGACUAUGAAUGUGGGACACUGGAAAGGAAGAGGCCUCUCAGCAUGACUGUGAUGGAAGGGGAUUUGCUGAAGAAGGAAAGCUUUGGUGUGAAGGUUCUGGACUUCCCUGGGAACCCUCGGAGAUGUGGCACUGUAAACAGAAAGCACACAUCCCCGGCCUUCCAGCCCCCGCUGCCGCCCACCGAGCCGGCCGGGCCCGAGCAGCACCCGCCGGCUGCGGGGGCUGACUGCACCCCCGGGGGGGCUGGGCUUGCUCUCUCUGCUGCCUCAGCAGAAUCCCAAGCUCAAGGCCCUGAGGAUGGCAGUACCUCAAAAUCCAAGGACAGCACGUCUGCAGCCACUCCUCCCCCGGUGAGGAACGGGGGGCACGCGGGCACUGCCCCGGGCCAGGCAGGGAGCAGCAGCAGCCAACUCUGUGUGACCCAGCCCCAGAACACGGCAGGGCCCAGUCCCCAUGCGCUGAGGAGAGCUGUGAAAAAGCCGGCACCAGCCCCCCCCAAACCAGCCAACCCCCCACCAGGGCAGCCAGGAAGCCAAAGCUCUUCCCCAGCUGCUCAGCCACCUUCUGUCUCUCCAAAACCACCUGCCAGAAGCUCUUCUCCUCCUGCGCAACAUGCAAACCAAGGAGCAGCCCAGACCUCCGCCUCCCAGGUUUCUGCACCUCGGAGAUACUCCAGCAGCCUCUCCCCAAUCCAAGCUCCCAGCCACCCACCCCCUCAGCCCCCAACACAGGCAACUCCUCCCCUGCAGCCCAAAGCCAACAGCCAAGCAUCUCCCGGCGCUGGCAGCGAGCACGGACCAGAGCAGCCCUGUUACACCCUGCCUCAGACCCCAACCCCACCUGACACCCCCCCGCUGGGGAAGCACCCCAGCAGCUCCCCAUCGCCCCAGCCAGCGACUCCAGAGCCCUCCCAGGCUCCCUCCUUACCUCAGAGUGGCACCCUGCCCCGGCCACGGCCCGUGCCCAAACCCAGGAACAGACCCAGUGUGCCCCCUCCGCCUCACCCUCCCUCCCAGCUGCCUGGAGAUGGGAUUGUUGCAAAUCCCACGCAAACAGCUUCCAAAAUAGUCACAGAUGUUUGACCAGCAUUCAGUAGGAACUGUAUUGGCAAGUUCAAUGGUAAGGAAAAGGCACCUGAUUGGCCAGAGCUGUUGCUGACUGAUAAUCAUGUGUGUGCUAACCCCAGUACUAACCCUGGCACAGGAGCUGCUUGCUCGUGUCCUGGGCAGGCAUGGCCCAAAUGUGGCUGCUGCUCUCACUAAACCUACUAAAGUGCUGCAGGCAGAGUGUGUGGCUUUGGUGUCUCACUGCCCACUGUCACUUGUGCUGUCUCAUGUACACAGAUCUAGACAGGGUGUGUUUGGUGCAGAGGCUCCUUCUGUACCAGAUGUCACUGAACCCUGGGGUGUCACAAAUGCUCCUUCCCUGUGCCACAGAACCACGGAAUUGUUGGGGUUGGAAGAGAAGCUGUGGCUGCCCCAUCCCUAGAAGUGUCCAAGGCCAGGUUGGACGGGACUGGGAGCACCCUGGGCUAGUGGAAGGUGUCCCUGCCCAUGGCAGGGAGUGGGACUGGAUGGGCUUUAAGGUACUUCCAACCCAAACUAUUCUGGGAUUCUGUGGUUUAACUGCCUGAUCAGUGUCAGGCCAGAACAUGAUGGAAUUCCAGCUGCUGUAUUACAGUAUCCUGGAAUACAGAUCCCUGCAGGCUGUGUGAGGCUGUGAUGGGCUCAGAGGAGCAGGGGAGGCUGUGCUCCUGUGCUUGAAAAUAAGGCCUUUAUUUGGAUUCUUUAUUGAUUUUAAGUGAUCUAAAUUACUUUCUCUUCGGAACAGCUGCUGGGUUGCAGUAAGGGAUGUCGUGACAUAUUAUAAAUCAGCUUUUCCAAGCAUCGACAAUAUUUUCAGUUAUCUUUUUUGAACUCUUAGGGAUUUUUCUGGUCUUAUAAUUCUAGCUAUUAGGGCAGUCAGUCACCAGAAAUGCAGCAUUUUGGGGUCCUUCUUAGACACCUUGGCUUGAACAAAAUUCUCCUCACCUUAGAAGUGGCAAAGACCAUGAUGUGCCCUGUUACACACAGGGGAGGGAUACAGGGCUAAGCCAGGGUCUGUAGGAGAAGCAGCUCCAAGCUGUUUAGUCUGGCUCACCUUUUGUGCCCACCUGCACAGGGUGCCAGCCCUGUUGGAAGAGCCUUUGUUGAUCUUUCCCUUCUGUGUCUAAGGAAAUGCCCGGGAGUACCCGAGUGAAUGAGCCAGCCCUGUCCUGGCUGCUAAACUUGCUGUUCCCUUUUUGUGCAGACUCUAAUUGCAGUAUUCCAGAACCACUUCCAAACCCUCCUUCAGAGCUUCCUCCGGAGCCAGCAAGCAGAGAGCUGCACAACCACCUCCUGCUGGACCUGGACACCGACACGGAGAG